AUGUACCUGAAUUACGCACCUCGUGGGCAAUGGAAGUACUUGCAAUAUGUUCUGCAAAUGCGUCAACUGCAGCUGCUACGACGGCAUGUCAAUAUUGGGGCAAAGCCGCCUAUACAAACAGUGGUGGCACUGCCGGCAGGACGGAUCCACCUACAAUAUUACUCCCAGCGCAUGGAAAGUCUAGCAGAGAGAAGUGGAGCGGAGGAUACUGUCAUGCUGCGCCUUAGGGAGACAAAGAACAGCGAAGAGCUGCUAGAGAUGAUCCUAGCAGACAACUUGGAGCGAGACCAUCUGGUGGAAAGUCUUUCCCUGCUGUGGCUGCACUACCUAAACUUGGAUGCGCCACAUCAAGAAGCUCUUACGGAGCGUGUUCACAAAGAAGUGCUGCAGCGCAUAGAUCCCCAUACAGCCCACAUGGACAUCAAUGAGUUGAGCUGCAGCUACCUAUACCUACGCAAGAUGCACAUAUCCAAUAGUGAAUCCACCGUGGAGGGUAUUCUAUGCCGUGCACUACAAGCUAUCGAUACAAAAGAGCAGGACGACCUUGUGCCCCUGACGGCACUCUCCCGCCUUUCGGUGGGGAUCAAUUUGGAGCGAGACUUCUUCACGCCGCUCGUCUGCCGCAACUUUUUGCCGCAUCUGGAGCGGCACAUAGCCCAGUGCGAGAGCGAAGAGGACGUGCGGCUUCUCUCCACUUGCCUGUUCCAGCUGCACCAGCUGAUCGACGAGGAGCUGCUCAAGGACUACAAGCAGAGAGUGAGCGAGCUGCUGCAACGCGGCAUCCUCAGCUGUGAUACACCCAAAGCCCUACUGAAGCUGCUGCACAUGCUUAACAUUCGCGUGUGGUCCCAGCGGCACACUCAAUUGAUAAGGGAAAUCCUGCUGACAUUGCGGCCAUGCCUGCACCAGUUGGAGACCGUCGAUAUAAAGAGCAUUUGUCGUGCGUUUCUGCAUCACCAGGAGCCCGCGGAACUGAUGCAGCCACUAAAGGAGGCCACAGAGAAACUACUGGCGGAUGAGUGCACACCAGACGCACUCGCCUGUGCCGUGCCCUUUGGCGAGCCGCUGCAAAGGGAAAAGUACUUGAAAAUGUUUCACCAACUGCUCUACUCGAACGCCGCUUGGCAGCUGCCCCAAGCGAGCAGCCACUUCUUCAGUGUGCUGCGAACACUGAAGAUAUCCAACAUCAGCUAUUGCAACACGUACUGGUCGGGUGUCAUACGCGAGCUGGACUCUGGCCCAGAGGAGCAGAUGCACCUCAGAUUCCUGGGCCACUGUCAGCGGUACAUGAACUUCAACAACAACCUGGGCGGAACGUAUCGCCACUUUGGUGUGGAGCGAAAGUUGAGUCGAAUGUGCAUGAGUGCCAUCGAGCAGGACAUAGCUGGCAGGCUGCCGAGCAAGGUGAGCCGCUUGGCCGCCUUUGUGAUAGCCUAUGGCCACACCCAACUGUCCUGGAAGAAGUUUCCCAACAUUCUUAUGAGCAAAAUAUUGACAAUGGCUCCGCAGUUUGACAUUCUGGACUGCUUGGUGCUCAGUCGCAGCAUGCAAAUAGCCAGUGAGCUAAGGUUUCGUCAGGACACACCGCCACUGGCGGCCAUGCAGCUAUCCACCAUGGACAGCAUACUCAUUGGCUGUGCGGAGCGUCAUUUGGCCAAUGCGGAGCAAGAGCCACUCACAGCGAGUGAACUGAGCAUCAUUAUACGGACUCUUAGUCACAGGAAAACUCUGAAGAACACUUUGGUCUACAUGCAGGCCCUAUCCCUCUAUAAGACUCUCCAUUGCAAAGAUCUCAGCUCGCGUGUCGUUCGUGAUAUGGCGUACAACUUCAAUGCCUCUCAUUUUUUUGUGCCCGAGCUGUUGGAGUCCAUGUUUGGCUACAUUGCGGAACAGCACGAGCACAUCACGGGCGAUACCGUGGAGAAGGUGCUGACUUGUUCGUACAAUCUGGGAUACACGCCCGCCUCACCAGAGACUUUAGAAAGGGCUGCCAGUGUUUUGCUAAGGGACUUUGAGCAGAUGAGUGGCCUGUCGCUGGUGCAGGCCUGUCUGGCGCUGUGCUUCUACAAGACCAUACCGGAUGAGCUGAUUAAUCGGGUAUUCUGCGUCAAGUUCAUUCAACGCAUCGAGGAUGAGAUACAGGUGUGCUACUCAAAGGCAACCUAUCCGGAGAGGGUGCUCAAUCUGGUGAUGCAGCUGAAUCGCACCGUCUGCUUGGAUCUGCCGGAGGCGAAUGUUCCCUGGUUCCAACAGAACUACAUCGAGGCGCAGUUGAGCAAGAAGUCCCAACAGCCGAGCACCUUUGGCAGAGAUGUGAAACAUUUGCUGAAGCAUUUACUCAAGGAGGACAAGUACUUCCGCUGCAACCACACCACGCCCUAUGGCUAUCAGAUUGACUUUGUGAUACAUUUCGAUCGGGACAAGAAACCCAUGCCAGCACCACCCGUAGAGGCCACCAUGCUGGAUCGCAUAACGAAGGUGGCAAUAUUGCUGCUGCGAUUAGACUCAUUUUGCGAGAACGAUCUGACCGCACUGCGUGGUCCGCAGUCGCUGAAGAUGAAGCAUCUGGAGAUGAUGGGCUACAAGGUGCUGCACAUAAACGAGCACGACUGGAACUCCAAGUAUAUGAUGGCACCCGGUGCCAAGGCAAACUAUCUUAAAUGUCUGCUGCAAAUUUCGCAUUAGUCGGGGACUUUUCACUGCUGCUGUUUCUUCUCUGUAUAAUUGUUCAUAUUUGAUUUCGUUAUAAGUUGUGUGGAUUGGAUACACUCUGUAUACAGCGAGUGCUCGUGGGUUUAGAAAUACAUGGAAUGUAUUUUGAAA